AUGGACGCUUUACGAACUAAUCCUUUGAUCCCCAAAUAUCCAGCACCACCAGACCCUGUGAUUUCAGUUGAGAGUGAGAUGCAGACUUCACCGCCAGUGGAUCCCCCCUCAAAUUUUGAAACUUCUGUUGGGCUUGCUCAACCUGAGACAGAGGCAGUACCACUUCCUCCCCCAGAGCCACAUGCUGCCGAAGAGUCGUCAUCAGAUAUGUCUCUAGCUUCUACGACAGAUUCUGCAGCAAGAAUAAGUGAUCUGGCUGAUGGUUGCUCAUUUAUUUCGGACGACGAAGACGAAGAGCCAACAAAACAGCCACAAGUGAACAGUAUUGAGGUCAACGAUGGUCUUUCUACGAUCAGCAAUAGUCCAAGCAAUAGCCCUCCGCUACAAAGCCCUCCCCUUAGCAACUCUGAGCUUCAGAAUCGGCCAGCUUCAAAUGCUUCACCUGAAGGCCCUCUUCCACCUCCUCCUCCACCUCCGAUACUCCCGCCUAGCACAACCACUAGCUCAAUACCGUCAUUAAUGAGUCUGAGCAAUCUUGAUUACGACAUGCCACCACGUCGCGACAUCCGUCAACAAAUUAUCAUCACUCCAGAGCGACCCCCAGCACCAGCACCGCCGCCGACAGACUACGCCGAGGCAGAUUCCUCGUCUACAAUUCCAGCGCAGCAGCCAUUCUUUUUCCAAGCUCCGCCUUUGAAGUCGAAACGGACAAUCUCUAACCCAAACCUCAACUCACUAAAUGAUCCCGUGUAUCCAGUGCUAAAUCCUGUUUACUCAGCAGGUGUGCAAGUCUUUCCUGGAUUACAUCAAGGAGUAUCGGGUUAUCCUAGUGAAAAACCAUCUACGGGAGAGAUGCCACUAUCCCAGCAGUCUUGUUUCUACGGAGCUGGGCCAUCAACAGUGGGAGAAGUUUCAUCGUCUACCAAUUUUAUACCAUACCAAGGCGACAGCAGAUUAUCCGAUAUGCCAGGUUUUUCACAAUACGACAAUAGUCUUCCUCCUCCAUUAAGGGUGGAAUCGCCAGUUCAUGGCCAUCUGCCCCAAGAUUUUGCAGCAGCAGAGAGCAGCUCGAUUAUGGAACCUCCGCAGAACUUCUUACCAGCUCGUCCGCUCGGUGAAAGUGAUAGAUUAAUUCGCCCACAUCAAACCAAUAGCGAAGAGUGGGCCGAAUAUUUUCUCCUCGAUGGGCGACCUCUGGAUAACGACGACAUUGGCAAAAAAACACCCAGUAAGUAAAC